AUGCUGAAAAAAAAGCCAAAGCAGAGAAAGCUUUCGAAAGUGAGCGCGACAAAGAAAAAAUACAGCCAAGGAAAAUCAUCUAACAUCUUUAUAGAGUUGCAACACCUUCUAGAUGAGGUGAACGCGCCGCACGAGCUCCAGGUGGACAGGAACGCGGAUCCUUGGGAAGGUCAGGAGACUAACCCCUCAGAGGGACAGAAAGAUGAAGAGCUACUUCCAUAUCAUCAUGCGGCACAAGAUGAAGCCACCCAAUAUCUCCGUACCCUCUAUUUUGCUCUGGUGGAGAAUCCAUCCGUUGGCUUUUACAACCCGACCAGGUUGAACCUACCGUCACCGGCCGCAAAAGAGGCUAUUAGCAAGCUUGACGAAAUAAACGGCCGCUUGUUGACUAGAAAUUGUUUCAGCGGCUUGAACAUAGCGGUCGGUCAGAUUCAGUGGAGCCGCCUUGUUAAGACGUGGAAGUCGAUCCUUUUUGCGUCAGAAGAUAUUUCUCCUUUCGCGGAGGAGGCAAAAAAAAGACAUAUGUCUGCACUGACAAAUAUAUGCAAAGAGCUCCAUUAUCCAAAAGAAUGGGCCAAUAUUCCUCCUGGAGGCCCAGAAGAGCCCCAUUCGAGUUCAGGGGUUGUUGAGCGCAAAAUUGGAUAA